CGCAGAAGCCUGGCGGAUUUUUUGUUUACUUUUAAAACGGCAACAGCAGCGUUGCAUAUUUAUUCGGUAAAGAUUAGUCCUCUUUGAACCGAUUCGAGCUUCAGUUCACGGUGGUUAUCAAGGUUGGUUACCACGGUUUUCCAAAGGUUUUUGAUUGAGUCUUCCUGUUCAUCUGUUAAUGUUUCCUGUGAAGACUAUGAUAGAUUCAAAAGCCUCCAAGCAGACUUCAACUGCAGCGUCCAAGAUCAGAAAUAAGCUUCUCAAUACCUCGUCUUUCUUCAAGGUCUCUUUGAAGACCAACAACAAGGCAUUAGCGCUGGCCUUGCAAGCUCAACGGGAGAGAAGCAGGCAGCUGGAGAUGGACGUCGUGUUCCUGCAGAAACAAGUAGAGGCUCUCUACUUUGAACUAGCCACCAAGAACUACAAGCACAGAAAGCUGCUCCUUAUCUUGAACGACUUUCGUAGUAAUACUUUGCAGCACUUGGGCAUGGUGGCAGACCUGUUCUCUGACAGUGAUUCUCAGAACUUUUCAGAGGACUGCAGGAUCUUAUCUGCCAACAGCAACAAGGAAAAUGUUGCAGCAGAAAGCCAGCUGCCGCUGCAGACAGAUGUUUCCAGGACUUUGUGGUGUCCCAGCAAAAACACAACAGCUGACGUGCUUGAAAAAAACAUCAAUGAGGGUGUUUUCACGAUCCAGAAUAGAUGCAGAAAAUCUGCUGAUGUUUGCAAUGAUGAAACUGAUGUUGAGGAAGGGCAUCCAACUCAGUGCAUACAGACAUCCCAGAUAGGAGCGGCUGGGCUGUCCAAUACCCUGAGGGAUGAGUUGGAGAGGUUCUCUCAGUCCCAGUUUGAUAUUAAUUCGGUCUUCUCUGUUCAGAACAGCCAGACUUGUGAAGAGUCCACAGCAGCCCUUCCUGGACACGAGAAACUUCCCAGUGCCGCCGCCGUGGAAAGUGAAAUGCAGCUUGACAGCAAACAAGAGAAAACUGUGCUGCUGAAUACAACCAUGGAGAUGACGCUAAGUGAUGCUGGCGAGAUAGUCACUGUGGAAACCAAAGUGAAAAAAAAAGUCCGCUCUGGAAAACCGAAAGGCAGAAAGGACAAGGAACAAGCCAGUGGAUUGAGUACAGAGGUGCAGAAGUCUGUAUCUGGCACUUUGUUACAAGCAGAUGAAAAGGAUCAAAGCCCAGAGGCCCUCAAACAUCUCUCCUGCAAAACACAGAUAAGUAGUGUCACUGCGUCUCGCAUUCCUAAACUGGGCAGGCAUCAGAAAGUGUUAAAGGAUGAAGUCAAAUCUCUUGAACACACUGAGUCCAGAAACCGACCUGAUAUGGAAGAUUACUUCUUGGAUCCUACAAUUCAAUUUUCAAGCACCAGCAGAAGCGUGCCAGAAGAAGCAAGUUCCAAAAUGAAAUGCAGGAAGUCCAAAACUAAAGGCAAGAGGACCUCUUCGGUAACCAGGAAAACUUUAGUCACUUUGCCAUCUGAGGAAAGUGAGAGCAGCAGAUCCAAACAGGAGAAGGUCCACACGAAAGUGAGAGAAGAAAGCGCACAGCCUCAAGUCUCUGAAGACUUCCUCGUUUGUGCAGGAGAGGUUGCACAACCAGAAUCAGAGCAAGUGGAGCGUCUUUUCCAUAGCAAAAUGAAUUCUGUGACUAAUUUUAGAGGAGGUCACAAAUCAAGAUGCAGGAAGACAUUUGUUAUCUCAGUAACCAGGGAUAGUAACUCAUCAGACAGAGGAUCACCAGAGCAUGACCUGAUGCCUCCUACAGGAUCCAGCUGUCAGGCAGAAGAACCAGUCAUGAAUAAAAGUGUUGUUGGACAAAAUUUAGAGUCAAAUACUCAUUCACACACACGGAGCUCUGGAAAGCGAUCUUGGGCGGCCACUCAGGACUCUGGGAGCUGUCAAGGAGACUCGAGUAGUGGUGAGACUGGUGAAGUACUGCCGCUGGACGGGGAGGCAGCUUUAGGAUCACAGUUUCAGAAACAUAAAAAAUCCAGGAGAGACAGAACAAGACAAUCCUGCGGGAACAAAGAGGUGGAGCAGGAGGAGUGUGAUGACUUUUUAGAUGACGAGCAAAGGAAGGAGAAGACGCAGGAAAAAGAUAGUUGCAGCAACAGAGACUUAAGGUCUGAGAAUGAAGUAUCUUAUCGUGCUGACCCUAGAGAUGCCUCCACUCUCUGCCUUGAUUCUGAAAUCAAUAAAGGACAAUUACAUGAUUUUCAAAUGCUGGAGAUGCAUUCUGACAUCAGCAAAAAGCUUGAAGUCUUUGAACAUCUGCAUGAUUCGCACACCAGGAGGGAUUUGAAUCUCGUAUCGUCUAGAAAGACAUUCAUGCUGAAUACAGCCCGAGAAACCAGACAUCCAAGGGAGACUUUUGUUGUCUACAGGCGUAAAACUCAGGAUAGAAGUGGAAGUAGUUCUGUAAACAUCACCAGGAUGUCUAAUGCAUCAGACACAGACACCUGCACUGGCAAUCAGGCAGUUCAUCAGAAUGUAGGAGACCUGCUGAUGGAUGAGCUGCCGCCGUGGCUGGACAUGGAUAACGGCACAGCUGGUACCAAUGUGGACUCUCUACCUGCUACUCCCGGCAGGGGAACACCAGGCAGGGUCUCAACAAGUGGAACAGCUGAAGCCCCUCCAGCAGGAAGAGCCUUAUCAGCCAUGACCAACACCAUGACAACACCAAACACUGAAAAUGGAGAGAGGAGCAGGAGACAGAGAACCAGAAACGGUGCCGUCAGUUAUAAGGAGCCGGCCCUGAACAGCAAAAUAAGGCGUGGAGAUAAAUUCACAGACACCACGUUCCUGAGUUCUCCUGUGUUUAAGAAUGACGACAAGAAGAAGAAGAAGCAGAAGAAAACUGUCAACUGAUUUUUGCUUUUUUUAAAAAUUAUUUUAAGCUUUUUUUUUUUUCUUUUUUUUAAGCUUAAUAAAGGUGUUUGCUAUAAACAUUUUUCUACACAUUAGACUGGGAAGUAUUUAAGUGCUGCAUACAUUAAAGUCCCAAGUUGAAGUACU